AUGAAGAUUGACCCUCAUCAUACGCAAACAUCAUCGUCCGAGAAAGAAGAACAGUCUUCUUCCUCCGAGGCUGAGGAAGGCCAAUUAGAAACAAAACUUGAGGCUUUGAAUUUAAAGGAAAAUAACCGUGAGGAGGAUCAUCCCGAAGAAGAAGAAUUAUUGCAUCAUAUUGAUCACUUUUUGGGUGUACCCAAUGAUGUUUGGAUUGAUCAUUUGUUCUGCUUUCUGACCACCAAUCAAUUGUUGAAGGUGAGACUUAUCACUAAAAGUCUUUCAAAGCUUGUAUGGUAUUAUUUCAGAAAUUUCAAAACAACAUACUCCAUUCGAGUAGGGACAUCGAAUGGUAAAUUUUCGAAUAUUGUGGAUCAUUUCUUGAUGAAUCUCAAGAAAUUGAGACAUAUUCGCUAUGAAGAUUACAACUUGGUCACCACUCUCUCUUUAACAGAUUUUGGAUUUACAGAUUUGGGAAGAAUCACGAUACCAAUUGAAACUCUUGACUUGUCUGAUGUUGAAGAUAUUAAUGGAUCGUUUUUGGGUUCAUGGGCCAAGAUGAACAGUGUGUUGACACAAUCUCUUCGAGUGUUAAAAUUGUUUAACACAGAGUUUCCUUUCUUUACACAUUUUAAACACUUUAAGAACUUGCAAGAGCUACAAUUAUUUCGAAGCAUUGAAAGAGUGGAUUAUUACGAAGAAGAAAUUCAACACUUACCAAUAGAACUUCCAGAGUCGCUUACAACACUCUCCAUUGAUCAUGCAUUAGUAUCAGAGCAUAUCAAUAGUAUAAUUCAACAAUGUCCAAACUUGACAAGUCUUGCAGUUUGCAAUGAAUAUUUAAGAGACAAGGAUGUUAGUGCAAUUUUGAAAGGACUACCAAAGUUGGAAAAGUUUAAAAUUAUUGAUGUAACAGACGAGGAAAGCGAAGAAAGUCAUCUUAGAGGAAAGUUUUAUUCAACCUUCAAGUUCAACACCUUUAAGAAUCUCAAGUACUUAUCUUUAUGUUGGAAUUAUGGUACAGACACUAAGGUGAUGACAGGUCAAAAGAGUCUCGGAUUACUUCCAUCCCUUGAAACACUUAAACUAAUUAUGCAAGGAACUCCUGAAUGCAACAUUGACACACUUGUCACAACAUUGGCCAGCUUAACCACCUUAACCAGUCUUUCCUUGUUGUUUAAAUCAUUUAUGAAAUUGGAAAUGACAAACAAGAACUUACUCAGAUCUUUGCCUUCAAACUUGGCAAAACUCAAAACUCUCGAAUUUAUUGAAGGUCUUAACACUGACAUUGCCCAAGAUUUCCUAUCAUCUCUUGUAGGAGGCUCUCUGGAAACUCUUAUCCUUGCUGUAACCGAUAUGGUGUCUCUUGAUUUUUCUUUUUUGAAGAAGUGUCUAAAGUUGAUAAAACUCCGAGUCGAUGUUGUGGGUUCAGAAAGAUCUCUCAAGAAUAUUUUCAGAGAAUUCCAGACUCAAGCCAAGCUUAUUGAACAGAAAGGAGGCAAGCUGGAGCUACCAUUGAGCAAAAUUUCAGGUGCUACAAUGGUGGGAGGUUUGGUGCCGUACUUUCCUCGAACAAAUAUUACAAAAUUGAGCUUAUUUCAGGUUAAAUGUAAAGAUUUAAUGAUUUUAAGCGAGUUUAAAAAGCUUACCAGCCUUCGUAUGAACAUCUCUGAAAAGAUUGACAACUUUAAGAACAUUCGUUUUCCAGAAAGUUUAAAGAAGCUAUUCUUUGAUUUAUGCCCGCAUAUCACAGGGUUAGAACAAGGAUUUGUUGAUAAUCUUCUCUCUCUGACAAGAUUAACAGAUCUCCAUUUUAUUGAAUGUAAAUUGAUUUGUGACGAGUUCGUAGAGAAAAUUCUUCCCUUGAAUGAUUAUGAGCUCAGAUCUAUCUUCUUUGAAGAGAUUGAGCAGAUGACAAAUCAUGCUUUGCACCAUUUGACUCGUUUCACAAAUUGCGAAGUAAUAGUGUUAAAACAUUGUCCAAACAUUAUUACCAAUAUGGACUACUCUAUAAUCAAGCAAGAAUAUCCCCAUAUAACGGUCAUCUUUAGUGAAACUGAAAAUGAGCAAACAGAUAUUUUGCAAGAAUAUGAUGAUUUAUGUGAAGAAGACUGGCUAAAGGGAAACGCGAUAGAUGUUUUUAAUAGAUUGGAAAUAAUGGUGAAAGACUUAAGAAGCUCAAGACAAUUAUUUUUAGUUCAUUGUUACGUGAAGGCCUAUUUCACAAUGUUCGAAGUUAAGGAUCAUCUUUCUGCUCCAAGUUUACUCUUUUUAUGUUACAACUAUUUAGACACCCUUCAAAACUAUAUUGACAACUCAGAUGACACAACCAUUCGAGUUCUGAAUUGCCUUUAUGAGUUGUUAGAAAAUGAACAUAACUUUUCUGACGAGGAAAAAGAAAAGACGAUAAGUUGUGUCAGCAAAUGUUUGGAAUUCCUCGUUACGGGACAACAGUUUGCAACUGCAUGUGAGAUAUUAUUGAAGUACAAGAAAUAUAAAUCAGUGAUGGAUGGUGUCUUUAAACUUGAUGAACUGGCUCCCACCGGAGGAUUGAAUAUCAUAAUUUCAAAAAUUAUUGAAAUAUGUUUGAAUGGAACAUUUGAUUUGUUUGAAAAUUAUCCCACUUUUUAUAUUGUUCAGACUUUGGAUAGUCUCGUUCAACAUUUUUCACAUAUCGGAAAAACAUUAGAGCUUAUACACCACAUCAUGAAAGUGCCAAUGUUUAGAAACAAUUCUGCGUUUUUGGGGACGUUAGAUAAUAUGGCAAAAAGAGUACAACCAACUGACAACUUUGCUGCCUCUCUUCAACCUCAAAACGUGCAAAUUGAUAAUAUUGAUUCUAUAGAGAGUGUAAAAAAGUUAGUUCCCCCUCAGUUCAAAGACCAUUUUACCUACGUGGCGACUGUGAAGGUUCCAAAAGACCCCUCUCAUGUACUUAUUAAGCACUACAGAUCGGAAGCAUUUGAGGCAUUUGGAUAUUUGUGGACUAUCGAGUUUGGCCCAAAUGAUUCGAGUUCUGAAGAUGACGAAGUUGGACAAUGCUCUUUGUACCUUACUCUUCUGUCGGCCAAGCCAACACAAGAGACAACACUUCUCUUUGACCAUAUCAAAGUGCACUACAUGCUGUGCAAUCACGAUUUUACGCCUGGAUCUUAUUUAGUUUAUACCAAAAACUACAAAAUGGCUUCAUCCUCUUAUGGAGACUUCUUUGAUAAGAGAGACGUCAAGUAUUACAGUAUAACUGAAGAGUAUGAUAUUUACAAGUUUAUUGUUUGUAUGAAAAUUGUAGAUAUCAAACUUGCAAUUCCCAAUGAGCUGAACCCAAAGCUGCCACCAUGGAUACUGAACAAUCUAAAGGCACAAAAUCCUUUAUCGAUUCACACUGUGACAAUAUUGUCUUCAGGGCCUGUUGAAAAUGGAGAUGACUGUUACUCGGAUCCAUUUGAGGCCUUUGGCUUUAAAUGGGGCAUAUGCUUCUACCCGAAAGGAGAAACCAAGUCGACAAAGGCCGAUACUUCCGAUGAAUGUUCACUCUUUUUGGCAUUGCUAAGCUUUGACAUCAAUUCCAAAGAAGAGGGAAUUUUGAGAGACGAGUUGGAAUAUGUCAAAGUUCGAUUUUUGUUUGCCAACGAGAAUUAUGAUCCAGACUCAAUUUACAUUGGAGGAUCGACCUACAAUUCUCUUUCAUGUGCAGGUAACUCGGUUUAUGGCAAAGAUUUGUAUGCUCCAGUCACCUAUGAAGAAAAUGGCAAAAUUUACAGCAAGUAUGUGAUCAAUGUUGCUAUUCAAUUGAUCCACUGGAAACGAAGAUUGACACCACGACAAACAGGUGAUGACAUUGAAGACCCGUAUCACGACAGCGAGGAUGAAUAUUAA